GCAAAACGCGAAAUACGUAGUUGCCUUUCAUGACGUGGGCAAUCCAGAUGAUUCAUUCUCAAGCAGGAACGAGUAGAUUUGCUAAAGAUGCGACUACUGUGGUUUCCGCUGCGGGCUUGUCAUUUACGCUAUUGUGAGACUGGGCAUUUGAGGAAUGCGUUACCUACUGUUUGGCGUGCCCGUCCAAGUCACGCACACUUUUUCUCGGACGCAGGUCCUUCACAAGAGAAUCUGAAAGUGGUACCGUUCAGACUUACAGCAGCUGAGGCCGAGGAAGCUUUCCGAAAGUAUCAUGAAGGCUGGCUUACUACACCCAAGAGGUUGCGGGAUCUCAAAGUGGAGCGGCUACUGCUACCAUUUUGGGUCGUGAGGAUGCGGUUGAGAGUGUAUCUCGUCACCGCUCAUUUGGGAUUUCAUUACUGGACGACUGAAUACGACCACUAUCAUAAGCGGUACAAUCGGGUGCGCAAAGUACGUUGGGAGCCGCGAAGCUUUGACUACACCAACCUGCAUACUCGAACUCUGUCGGGAACUGAACCGGUAGCACAAGUGUACGCAUCUUAUCGCUUUCGUCGUGAAUACGUCGACGGCGUUCGCAGUCCAUCGCUCUGGCGAGAUGCGAUCCCUUUCCGUCAAUAUCGCGCGCCACCAGAUGUCGGAUUGGAUGCUUUCCAAAUGCGGCCAGCGACCGCGGUUGAGAGAGUACGUGACAGCAUCAGGAGAGAGGAAGAAUUACUCGCUGAAGAAUUCUUGAAAAAAUCUACAGGAGCUGAUGAGGUUCGCGGGGUUCGUCUAGAAUUUGGACUGGAACCUUUUGAGGGCAGAGGUGGAGGUCCAGAAGCCGUGCCGAUAUUUUUAUCGUGUUACGUCUUUUCUGCAGACUACCAUGGUACUAUUCUGAGGACGUUUGUCAAUGGAGCUACGGGCGAAACUGGAGGGCAGAAACUCCCCGAUCCAAUGCGAAUUGGCCUGAUAGCCGGUGCAGGUGCAACCCUAGUUGCUCUCAUUACUGGAGCUUUCUGGAGUGCUUCCGGAAUUUGGUGGUGGUUCGUUUUUCCUGCGCUGGUGGGCAUGCUUGGGGCUCGCUACUGGCCUAUACUUUUGUCAACAAUCUAUGAGACUAGGAGACGCGUUGACGAACAGCGGGAAAACUGGAUGGGCGGCGCCGCUGGCUGGGACCCAGAGGCAGAUGCGCAACGGACGAAUCAAAGGAGACAGGAUCAAGGAGCAUAUAAAUCAACCAACGAACAAUCAGGUGCUCGAACUUUUGGGUCAUGGUGGGAAGAAUUGCGGCGGCGUGCGGAAGAAGCCGCCAAGCAAGGUGACACUGCAGGAGGACAGACGCGCCAGCAACAGCGUCGACAGCAGCAAUAUCAGUAUGGCGAGCGGCGGGAAGAGGGUCGCACACGAACCCAUGCUUCCAACGACCCACUGGGACUUUAUGCGACGUUGGGCAUCAAGCCGAACGCGACCAAAGAGGAAAUUCAAGCAGCGUUCCGGGGUUUGGCUAUGAAACAUCACCCUGACAGGGUGACAGAUCCCGCGGAGAAGAACCGAGCAAAGGAACAAUUUCAAAAGCUUGUCGAAGCGUAUACCGUUUUGAGAGACCCCAAGAAACGGAAAGUAUACGAUACCACCGGCAGGGCAACUUAGCUGGCCUUCGAUUGAAUAUCAAAUCACCCAUCCGCAAUUCUGUAAAUUAUUAAUAACGGCCAGGGAAGGUAUACCGAUUCAUCAACGAUGUAAUAGGAGACCCAUCACCCGUUCAUUUUCAUCAACUUUCUGCCUGUAUCAGUCAACCGAUUGGCCCGAAGUGUUGAGACCCUCACAUGUCGUUAAUUUGCUCUCGUCGCCAUAUGCAACAUAAUAUCACAGAAGAGGAUUUUACCCAGGUUUUUGCUUUUUCAUUUGUAUGUCAUAAAUAUGUGGAUGCCAACAUCAAUAUUUACAAGAGUAAAACGGGGAUACUACGCAAAAAGAAUUAACUAAACUGAAGUCCUACUGAGAAUGUCUCAGGGUGGGUCUCAGGUGU